CCUUGAGUGCUCUUCUUGUUUGCGCUCUUUCCUCGCCGCGUUGACGGCGCCAACGAAAAGUCGGGGUCGCUUUUAAGGGGUUCCUUUCCAGUCAACGUUCCCGUACUGUUCACUAUCUGCGACCUAUCUCGGUAAUAGAUACGUCUCGCACUAUUCAUCAUGGCGCUCGAAUUACUGCAGAACUUGCCCCGUCCGACAAUUGAUCGGCCGUUUGGUAUUCACCUAUGGCCCAUCUUCGACAAGGCCUUCGAGGUCGUUGUGGGCUACCCAGCCAGCGAAUUCAAGUUCGUCGAGGGUGUGACGCCAAUGUCUACCUUCAAGGAGACAGCGAUUGCGCUCGUGGCCUACUACAUCAUCAUCUUCGGUGGUCGCGAGUUGAUGAAGAACCGCCCAGCUUUCAAGCUCAACACACUGUUCAUGAUCCACAACUUCUACCUGACCGCGAUCAGCGCAACUCUACUCGCUCUCUUCAUUGAGCAGCUUUUGCCUACGCUCUACAGGCACGGUCUCUUCUUCAGCAUUUGCGAUCACCAGGGUGGAUGGACCCAGCCCCUCAUCGUCCUGUACUAUCUCAACUAUCUGACCAAGUACCUCGAACUUCUCGAUACCGUCUUCCUGUUCCUCAAGAAGAAGCCCUUGACCUUCCUUCAUACCUACCACCAUGGUGCCACCGCCCUUCUGUGCUACACUCAGCUUAUCGGUUUGACUGCUGUCCAAUGGGUUGUCAUUGAUAUCAAUCUGCUUGUUCACGUUGUCAUGUACUGGUACUACUUCCAGAGUGCUCGUGGCAUUCGCAUCUGGUGGAAGGAGUGGAUCACCCGUCUCCAGAUUAUCCAGUUCGUUAUCGACCUUGGCUUUGUUUACUUCGCUUCUUACACCUACUUCUCUUCUACCUACUUCCCCUGGGCUCCCAACAUGGGCAAGUGUGCCGGAGAGGAGUUUGCCGCUUUCUCGGGCAUUGCUAUCAUCAGCUCUUACCUCUUCCUGUUCAUCUCCUUCUACAUUGCCACCUACAAGAAGACCGCCAAGACUGGUCGCCCUCGUCGCAACACUGGAAAGCAGUCCCUGGUUGACAUGAAGAACUUUGAGGUCCCCUCCGUCACUCCUGCUGCCAAUGGCAGCGCCACAGCGAACGGAGAGGCAGUGGCAAGUGGCCGGUCCAAUGGUCCCGUCACUCGUUCUCGCAAGGCUUAGAUGCAGAGCGGCUUGCGGGUGAUUGAAGGGUCGAACUCACCUUGAGCGGUUCCUCUUCAUGAUACCUCCUGAAAUAUCGCCCCGUGUGUCUCAUUCCUUCAACUGGUCUGAGCUUCUCCGAUGAUCGACAGCACGCGAACC